CAGAAACUGUGGAACUUGGCUGCUUAUGCUAGACUCCUCAGUCAUACCAUCACCUGGAGACACUGUAGUUCACUUGCAUGAUACUUUGUCUGAAGCCGGCAGGAACCUAACCUGAAUUCGUCAGUGUGACCAGGACUUCCCUGAGAAGCCUGUAGCUGGACUCAGGAAUGGCAGGGACGGCAAACACACAUUGUCGAGAUGCCUUUUUACCAAUCUGCAUCAUCGCCCUCAUCUUCCUGCAGUUCCUGCCUGCUGGCAUCUGUAGAAAUGGGAAAGCUGAAUUUGAUGUCUUUGGACCUGGUGACCCUGUUCUGGCCACAGUGGGGGAAGACACAGAGCUAUGGUGCCACCUGUUCCCCAACAUCAGUGCUGAGGACAUGGAGCUGAGAUGGUACAGGGACCAGCCCUCCCCAGCUGUACACAUGUACGAGAAAGGGAAGGAUGUGUAUGGAGAGCAAAUGGCAGAGUAUCAAGGAAGGACGACUUUUGUGAGUGACCGUGUGACCAUGGGUGAAGCUGCAGUGAGAAUACAUAAUGUUACUGCGUUUGAUAAUGGGACUUAUCAUUGCCAGUUCAAAGAUGGCACACACUCCAACAGUGCCAUCAUGUGGCUGAGGGUGGCAGGGCUGGGCUCAGAGCCUACAAUACAAGUCACUGAUGAAAAGGACAAAGGUACCCAGGCUGAAUGUACUUCAAUGGGCUGGUAUCCAGAGCCUGAGGUGGAGUGGAAAGAUUUCAGGGGACAGACAAUACCUUCUGUAACUAAUUUCUCAGCCUCAAACAGCACCGGCCUCUUUGCUGUGGCAUCCAGAGUGACCAUCCAGGACAGGGCUGUGGAAGGUCUCUUCUGUUUCAUCUCAAACCCCCUCCUCUCUGAGUGGAAGGUGGCUAGGAAGCACCUACAUACUCCCUUUUCAAGAAGAUUUGCAUUUAUCGUGUGGAAAGUAGCUCUACCUCUGGUCCUCAGUGUGUUGGGACUCCUAAUAGUUGGCAUCAUCUGCUUUUUCUGGAAACGUCAAAGGGAAAAGAGUAAGAAACAACUGGAAAUGAGAGAGCAAAGAGAACAGGAACACAGGCAGCAAGCCAGCAGGGAAAACGGCAAGCUGUUUUAUGGUUGGAGAGAGAGUGACGUGAUGUAUGUGAGCCCAUGCCUGGACCCAGAAACCAUGAGUCCCAAGCUCACCUUAUCUGAGGAUCAGAACAGUGUGAGCCGGCUACACUUUGAACAAGACUGCUCCCUUAACCCCAGGAGAUUUGACCAGGAUCCUUGCAUACUGGGCAAAGAGCAGUUCUCUGCAGGAAGAUAUUUCUGGGAAGUUGAGGUGGGGAACAGGAAAGCUUGGAUUUUGGGUGUGUGUCUGGAAACUUUAAGUCGGAAGGGAAGGAUCCCCAAGUCUCCACAGCAUGGCCUUUGGGCGGUAGAGUUUUACAAGAAGAGAUUCCAGGCUCUCUCCUAUCCAAGGAUACGGCUCCAUCCUUCUGAGCCCCUCCAUAGAGUGGGUAUUUUUCUGGACUGUGAUGCUGGAAAUAUUUCCUUCUACAACAUGACUGAUGGGUCCCUGUUCUACACAUUCUCUGGACUCUCUUUCUCAGGUCCCCUGAAGCCAUUCCUCUGUCUCUGGACCCAUGAUCCCACACCCCUGACUAUCUGUUCAGUAGCCAGAAUGACUCAGGAAGAUACUGGCCCAUCAGAGGCCUCUGACUUUACCCAGGACUCUCAUUAGGGAGAGAGCAGCAUCAUUCCCAACAACCAGGGACCUCUUCAAACAAGGUCCCAUUCUCUUCAUAUCAGUCCAGCCCAGCCUUCUGAGAGAACCUCUAAUUCUCUAACCCAAAUUGAAUUGUAUAUAAAAGAAAUGUGGUGUUAUCUGUUGAAAAUAUUUUAUAGUUUUUUCAACUGGACUAGGGAGAA